UAAACAUUCACCAGCGGAGGUGCCCAGUCCUAGCAAGGGGAAGCAACACUGCCAUAAAGGAGAAGCUUCGAAACGCAUUUCGUGUACAGUUGAUUGAGUGAUUUUAAUCCCAAAAAAGAAAGAUUAUGGCAGAAGAAAACAAAAAUGGAGCAGCACCGGCAACGGAAGUGGAACCGCAAGAUGCGCCCGAAGAGCAAAAGGCUGCAUCCGAGGAGGCAGCACCACCAUCCGAUGUUGAAUCGGAACCAGAGCAGGAGCCUCAAAUUUCAACGUUCGAACGGUUGAAACUAUUCCUGGCGGAAACGAACAAGUUUCUGUUAAUGUACGACGAUCUGGUGGAGAACAAGGACAAGCACAAGAGCGUCUUCCUGUGUGCGGUGAACGAGCUGCGCGAGCGGCUGGUAACGUUGCUCCAACGGUACAUCCUGCACACGAUGGUCAAGGAGGAUUUCCUGUACAAGCACAUUGUGUGCUGCGGCGGAGAGGAUGCGGAGGCAAUUAAUACGGAAGAAUUCGAAGAGCACUAUCAGGAAGUUCACAGCGAGGCAGACAAGGCUAUUUCCUUGCCAGAGCUUGACGAGAUUCGUGCGUAUUCGGCCGAAGUCAAGACGUAUAUCGAGCUAGGCAAAGCGAUGAACAACGAUCUGAUCUUCUCCCUGAAGCGACUACUGCGAAAGAGCAAUUCCGUGCUAGCGGGACAUCUGGGAUAAGAUGAGUCAUCGAUGGAGGGGUUUAAGGGACUCUUCAAACACCUUUCAACAUACAAACACUCAACUAGCUCUUAAGCAACAGUAAAAUACAAAUCUACACUAACCCAGGCCAUCAGUACUAAUUCCCGCCAUUCUGCCAGCAGGAUGACGAUCAGUUUAGAUCAUUAACUUGUCAUGUGCUUAACGCCAAAAUGGAUAAAAUAAAUGUUACCCCUGAAACAAA